CAAUGUGACAGCUUCGAAACAUUCCACAUUAAUGUAUACACUAUUAAUUUAAAAUUAAAUCCCCGUCAACUGUAGCACGAGAAUGAGGAUUGCUGUGGCAGACGAGUCACUGCUAAAUUACUUGUCGAACAUUGCCCGACAGGCGAAAUUCAGCGUCGGACUGAUUUUGGGCCAGCAAUGCCAGGGCAAAGAUUACGUUAUUCACUUUGCCAAGACUCCCCCACUGUCGAGCGGUACUUCUGAAGAACCGGCAAAAGUUUUAAAAUGCGUGACAGAUGUUAAUGAGAGCUGGGUCGGGGAUCAUGCCCGGAUUGCUACUAGAAUGAUGCCCGGCGGUAUGUACGUCCUGGGGAUGUUUGUGGUGUCACAGGACGACUUGAUAAGUCCGUUGCAUCCGAAAAUUAAGGCUUCCCUGGUUCAAAUUCAUAAACAUUUAGAAUCAAACAAGUAUUUGUACGGUAACUUUUCUUCGGAGAAAUUGGUGCUGAAUUUUAAUUGUAAUACUAAUAAGUAUAUUUGUAAGAGUUACGAUGUAAGUAGCACUAAUUUAGCAACAGCAGAUAUCAAGUUUGUCUCACAGAAUUGGAGAUGGAUGCAGUUUGAUUGUUUCUAUCUUCUGGAUUAUAUUUAUAAUAUUAUACCAAAGGAGCUUGAGUCUCCAUUGAAAGAACAUGUUGAUGUAAUAUUGGAUGCAAUCUAUGAUAUUUUGUCUAACGCGGCAUAUUUAUACGACGGUUUACAAAAACACGAUACCGACGCUGUUGACACAAUACACAAGAAAAUGCCUAAAUCAUCUAGGUCCCACAAAUCGAGCAAAGAAGAGCAAGAUAUCAAACCAAUUGCAGUGUCAAUUUAUCAAAAUUGCAAUUCUGGGGCACCAACUUACAAUGUGAUGGAAUCUGGUGGACAAAUUAAUGUUUUGGGACAUGUGGCAACAAAACUGUGGCUUCAUCCAAAGCUGCCCAUUUCUGAAGCAAGAAAAUCGAUCAUACACGAUAUUAUGAGGAGUUUAUCUGCCAGAUUAGAGAUGCACUGGGAUUCACUAACUGAAGAGGAACAUGCUGAAGAUAUUAACAGUAUUCACGAACCUCCUAGACGAGUCAUUGUGGCUCACCCGAAAAAUGACGUGAUGCUCUCUGAUUAUAUAUUCCCUGGUGAGGGUCCUGAGGACGCCAAAACAACGCUCGAAGAAAUGUUGGACAUUAAAAUCAAGGACAAUUCCGAUAUUACUGAUAUUGAAGGACAAGCAGAAACUACACAAUAUCUGACUGAUAAUUUAGAGACAGAAAGUGAGGAGUCAUUGCCUAAAAUACCAGAAUCCAACUAUUUUAUGUAUAUCAUUGGACUGUCAGUUGCUCUUUUAGUACUGAUAAUAUCAAUGUUUGUCCAUUUUUAUAAUAAUAGUUAUUUAAAUUGAGGUAUUUUUUUAAGCAUUGUUUUAUAUUAUAUAUCAGAUAUAUUCAUACAACUGGCUUUUAUAUUUGUUAAAAAUAAAUUUUUGGAAAGGUUA